GUAAGGUCGAGAGCACCGAAAGUCGGUGCGGAGAGUGCAACCAAGAAGGCCAAUGAGGCUUUGGAGCGGCUAGGCACAUUGCAGAUUCGGUUGGAUGAGGAGAUCACCGCGGAGAUGCGGAAAGAAGCCAUACUCGGGGCGAAGAACAGGAGGCCGUACUCUAGGAGAUGCGGAAAGAAUUUGAUCAAAAGAUGCAAUGGGUUGCUAACGAGAGGGCUGAAGAGAGGAAGCGGCUCGAAUUGGAGCACGAUGAGGCAAUGCAGAAGCUCCGCGAUGACUUUCGUGAGGAGAAGGGGGAGCUUGUGCGCCUGCAUGAGGUGGCAAAAGUUGAGGCUGUUCGUGAUGCGGAGGUUGCCACGGUACAACAGUACAAAGGGUCGGUCGCCUUUCACAAGAUCCUAGCGUUCUGUAUGACUAAAGCGGUCAUAGCCAUCCGCAAGAAGGUUCACCCCAGCAACCCCAGCAUGCGGUGGAAUACCGUGAAUAUGAUACGCCACGUUCAACGCUGGUUGAGUGAAAAGCGAUUGUUGGACCCCGACUCCGAGCUUGGAGUUGAUGAAGAGAGGGACGUGAACGGGGCAGGUGAAGAUGGUAGAGUUGUAAUAGACUAAGACGCCCGUGUUUUGUGAAACUGCUUGGUUAAUUUGGGACUAAGUGUUUGAUCAUUCCUUGGGGCUGAGUGCCCCUGUAUCCCUGAUAUGUAAUCCAAAAUUGCAACUUUCCAUUAUAUAUAUAUAUAUAUUUAUAUUUAUAUAUCCCAUAUAUGGUAAUAUUUUUGUUGCUCAUGUCGCAGUAAUUCUUGACUACCGCUUUUGCGUUGAGUAAGUACCAUCUCGGUUCUUUUGUACGAUUCAUGAUUGCGCGGUUACGUUACAAUAUUUGUAC